GGGUGUUGAGAAACUAUUACGGCAGAAAUUCAAAAUGCUGAGUCACUCAGUGUGUCACUGAUGUUUCCAACAUCAGGGGUGUUUCAAGAGUUUUUGUGCCCAUCACUCAGCGAAGGAAACUGUGGUAGACCAUAUUGUCAUUUCAAUCAUUUUAAUAUGCAGAAUCUUUCUGAAGAAAAUAUUGUGGCAUCUGGGAAACCAUGCAAACCUCCUACUGAUCCAGUGUACAAGCCAACCCCUAUCAGUAUUUUGGAAAAACGUACUAAUAAUACAAUAGACCACUUAAAUGUCGAGUAUUCUAAAAGUCUUGACUGUCCACGGUCUGUUUUUGAAGAAACGAUCCCCAUUUACCAGCCAACUCCGAUAAGUGAACUGGAAAGAUACGCACCCAAUUCACUAUCAGACUAUGGAUUGACAAACGGCUUCAUUACUCAAGACCAGCCAUCUUAUUCUCCUGUAGUGAAAAUCAAAUCUUUGAGAGCUCCGUCUGUUCCAUUUUUGUAUCAGCCGUCGCCAGCAAUAUCACAGUCGUCCGCUUUUUCCUAUACUAAUGAAAUUAUUGAUAUUAAACUUGAUUCAGAUGGUGAUGACGCUGUUCCAGUUGUUACUAAAAGUGAAUCUGAUGUAUCGAUCAAACCCGUGGCUAGCGAUGCCCAAAAUUUGCAAGACACUCAACCUACGAAUCACCAGUUACCAGUUCGUAACAGGAAGUUAAAGCGUAAGAUAAACUACAGUAAAAGUAAGGAAACAAAUGUUGCAGAUGUAGAAAGAAGUACAGGCACUAAUGAUAAAAAGUCUUCUGAUGGCUCAAACAAAGAUCAUGGCGGUGAUGGUGACGACGAUGAUGAUGGUGAAAGUACACUUGCUAAGCGUCAGAAGAUCCUAUCACUUUACCAAGACUUAUACGGCGACACGGAUAACAACAACCCUGAUGAUAAAAACAUGAUGACUAAGAAUUCCGUAAAAUCCCCUCCACUUAUCCCACCUUAUAUGGGUCCUCUUAUAAAGAAACCGGAUACUCCAAAUACGGAUAAAAAGUGUGACAGUUCCAGUGUUGCAGGAAGUGUACAAAUUGAAAAUAUUGUCAGACCUCGUGUUCCACUUCGUAAAAGUGACAAAAUUCCUAUGCCAAUCAGAACUCGUUAUUUAGAUCAAUUUAUCGAAGAAUGCUUGCUCAUAUAUGAAUGUCCUAGUGAUGCAUACAAGCGUGCCCUCGAAGAUGAACAAUCAUGUCAUGAUAAGGCAACAAGUCGUAUGGCCUAUUUAAAUGGUGUAAUCCAACGAUUGAAAUCUUUAAAAACAGAGAAAACAUCUGUACAGCUAGGUGAAAAACGAAAGCUGUCAUCGAACACGACUACACGUCCAUCGAGUAGUUCCACUUUGAAUUCACGGUCUGCUGAUACCCAUGAUUCAAGCAAUAAAAAGGAUGAUCCUGAGGAAAAACUUGACCGUUUGGUUAGAGGUCCUCUUCUGUAUAAUCAGCUGACUACAUAUCUAUUGUCAGAAGAAGACCUACGGACUAAUGGUUAUCCUCGUGAAUUGACAGAAAAUAAUACAAUUGUUCGGGGAAAGGCGGCUUUAUUUAUACCACAAAACAAACAGCAGUUGUAUGGUACUUGUAAAUCUAAUGAACGAGUUUGUUGCCGAUGUGGUACACGAUUUCUAGUUGAUGAAUUUGGACACUCUCUAACUAAAGGUGAAUGUAUCUAUCAUUGGGGUAAAGCUGUUAAGCAGAAAAGUUUCGGACGAGGAAUAGAUCUUCGCUAUUUAUGUUGUAAUGGUGAUAUAGGUCAACCAGGUUGUCAGAUCUGUCCAAAAGGUCAUGUACAUGAUGCUAAUAAAUGGUUGGAUAAUGAAGGCUUUGUUGUUACAUUGCCACCUCUGCCUAAAUCACCUGUAUGUGAAGAUGACGAAGAUGCCUGUAAUAAUGUAUAUGCUUUAGACUGUGAGAUGGUUUACACAACUGGCGGCUGUGAAUUAGCAAGAAUCACUAUUGUCAAUUCAAAACUUCAAACUGUACUAGAUGAAAUUGUAUGCCCUGAUAAUCCUGUAAUUGAUUGUAAUUCCCGAUUUUCUGGAUUAAGAGAAGAAGAUAUUGAAAAAGCCACCUAUCAUAUAACUGAUAUUCAGGCGAAACUAUUACAUUUAUUCGAUUCGGAUACAAUUUUAAUUGGUCAUAGUUUAGAAAGUGAUUUGACUGCCCUCAAAUUGAUACAUAACAAAAUUGUGGAUACUUCUAUUAUGUUUCCACAUCGUUUGGGAUUGCCAAAUAAACGAGCUUUACGCAAUUUAGUUAGCGAAAUUUUACAACAAAUUAUACAACAAGAUGAGAGUGGACACAAUAGUAUGGAGGAUGCUGUUGCGUGUAUGAAACUUGUUCAUUACAAAGUGAAAGAAGAUCUACGCCGUGGAAAGUGGAAUUUUUCCUAGUAUACCCUUUUUAUCAUUUGUACACAAUCAAUGUUUGCAUGAUUUCUUUGUUGCAAAUAAUUGUAAUUUUAAAAUGAAAUGAAAUAGUUUCUCUUCACGUUUCUCUUUGUUUUUGACUAUAAUUUCGUUAUUAACAAUGACAGUUUUGAAGAGGAAAAACAAAACAAAAAAUUCACAUAUCAGAUAAUUGUACCGACAUCUGUGAACUGAAUUAGUUUAGUUCUAGCAUUUGAUGACUUAUUAAUAUUAUUUUUUUCUUUUCAGUAACAUUCAUUGAAUUGACGAAAUUGUGAAUUGAGUGUGACUUAUCUUUCUUUUAUCUUCACUUAUAUAUUUUUGACGAGCCCUUUGGUUUUAUGCUUGGGGUGAUGCUUUUAUUUCGACUUCAAUUUGACUACUGAUUUGAAUUACUUUAAUCAUGUCUUACAUUGUUUCUCAGUUGAAUUAGUUAAAUAUAAAAUUAAAUAAACCUUAUGGUUCCAGAAAGAAACAGCUUUUUUCAUUAUAAUGAUUUAUAUCAUAUACAGUUCAACAUUACCUUAAGUCAUUCAGUCUCUUUAAUUAAAGUAAUAGUUAGAUGA